AAAAUCUGAAUUCCCAACUCUUUUUCUUUUCACAGCUGUUAAGAGUUCAGUGGGUUGAACUGCAAUCCUUCAAGUUCAUCUGUUGACUCCAACACAAAACUAUUAUAAACUGUGCCUCUAAAACACGUGAUGAAACAUUUCUUGAGAGCUAUUUAUUCCAACUGCAGCAGAGGAAAGUUUUCAGAACACCCGGCAUUUGGUAGAGGAAAGGUCUCUUGAGCUUUGCAAAAGGAGGAAUUAUUUGCAUACCAACGCUUUAGCUGUGGUAAAACACUUUCCAUGCUGAAGAUGGACCAUGCAAAUAUGACUCAAGCCAUGCUUGAUGCUGAAUCGCACAACACAGAGAAGAACAGCAGCAACGAAUAUUUUUACAUUCUGAUCGUCAUGUCUUUCUAUGGGAUCUUCCUGAUAGGGAUAAUGCUCGGCUACAUGAAAUCCAAAAGAAAAGAGAAAUCGUCCAAUUUGCUACUGCUCUACAAAGAUGAGGAGAGAGAAUGGGGAGAAGCUGUGAAGCCUCUACCAACCAUAUCGGGGCUGAAAUCUGUCCAGAUCCCCAUGAUGCUGAACAUGCUGCAGGAGAGCAUGGUGCCGUCCCUGUCCUGCGCCAUCUGCUCGAUGGAAGGCAGCAGUGUGAGCUCUGAAUCCUCCUCUCCAGAUGUGCACUUCACCAUCCAGGAGGAAGUGCUGGAUGCUGAACUGGGGGAAGUGUCAGAAACGCUCCUCAAUGAGAGCAGUGAGGGAUCUGCUGAAAACAUCCACAAGAACUCCUAGCACUUGCAGGGCUCCCUUGAUCAGCUGCCAAAGAGUGAGUGGAGCUCCCACUAAGAACUUGUGGUUCUGAUUUCCUGCCUUCCAAUGUACUCUGAACAGGUAUCUGUGCCCCUGGGCCCAACGUGUUCCUGAGAGCUGGCAGGACAGGGAAGCAGUGGUACCCAACUCCAAAGUGUAACUUGCACAUAAUUGGGAUGUUUAAUUUUAAUUUUUCCAUCAUUAUUUCUUACCAUGAGGAUAAGAGCAAGGAGAAUAU